GGAGCAUCCGUUACACAAAACAGAGGUUAGUGAGGCAACAACUAGUGGAAUCAGUGGACGUGUGCAGUCAGUCCUCCAGCAUCACUCGCUACGCUCAGCCACUCACACACAGCAUGAACUCCUUCACUCUCUUCUGUCUUCUGUCCCUCGCCGUCGCCAGUUGUUCGGGGCUGAAAUGUCGCGUGUGCGAUACUGCAGAGUGGUGUCAGGACCCCAGUACUCUCAACUGUACCUAUGGCACGGUCAAAGACGCCUGCAACUGUUGUGACGUCUGCGGCCAGGGACCAGGGGAAGUGUGUGGAGGUCCUUGGGACAUCAAAGGGAGAUGUGGUGUGGGCCUCAAGUGCCAGAAGAAGAAAAAUAAUGAAGGAAUCUGCAUUGUUCAGCGUGGAAAGAUUUAAAGCCGCCAUGUUGACUACCGCCACCAUUUUCCAGCUGGUAGAAUGGUUAGACAACCACCUGACGCCAUCACCACAACAUGUCUGCCUCCACAUUCACAUGUUGUCAACAUUGUAACACUAACUGACGUAGCCUUAAAACUGUUAUUGAUUUUACAUUUUUUUUCUAAUUAACAUGAAUGGAAUCAGGCUUAAAUAAAUUACAUAAAAAAAA